AAUUACAAUAUGGCGGCGAAAUGCUUCAGUCUGUUGAUGUAGUCGAUAGCUAACACCUAGCCCGCUAAUUACCUACAAAACAAGUUGAUUUAAUAACCAGCGGAUACCCGUUAUAUUGUUUAAUUUGAGUUGUUAACGGUAGUGUUGUUGUUGAAACAUUUUAUAGCCUGGAAAAUGAAUUACACCACAAAGGUGGUCCAGGUGACCAAUGUGUCGCCAAGCACAACAUCGGAGCAGAUGAGAACACUGUUCGGUUUUUUGGGAACCAUCGAAGAACUGAAAUUAUUUCCACCAGAUGAUUCUCAGAUGCCGGUGACAUCGCGGGUGUGCUUUGUGAAGUUCCAGGAGCCAGAGUCUGUUGGAGUGUCUCAACAUCUGACUAACACUGUGUUUGUGGACAGGGCAUUGAUCGUGGUCCCAUUUGCUGAAGGAUCUAUUCCAGAUGAGGCUAAAGCUUUGUCACUGUUGGCGCCAGCAAACGCCAUUGCAGGAAUUCUGCCAGGAGGAGGUCUUCUUCCGACGCCCAAUCCCAUGAAUCAAUCUCUUGGAGGGAACCCUUUUGGUAAUCCGAACAUGGACGCAAUGGCUGCAUUUGGAUUUGCAGGCCAUAAUAUGAAUCCCCAGGCUGCUGAUCAGCUGUUAAAGUUCAUGACAGAUCCAAAACUGAAUCCACUGGCUGCAGGAUUAAACCUGAAUGCAAGCCUGAAGGCUGACGCAUCUAAUAGAGAAAUCGAAGAGGCUAUGAAGAGAGUGAGAGAGGCCCAGUCGCUCAUUUCUGCUGCUAUUGAACCUGGACAUAAGGAGAGCAAGAAGAAACGAGCUCCAUCACGGACUAGAUCCAGGUCCAGAAGGAGGCGGUCCAGAUCACAUUCAAGACACAGGCGAACCAGGAGCAGAUCACCACGACCGUCAAACUCCAGAAGCAGGAGGCGCUCCAAAAGCCCACGAGGGAAACGCAACCACUCCAGAGAGCGAAACAGGCGAUCUCAAAGUAGAUCCAGAGAUAGAAAGAAAGACGAUUCAGGGAGAAGAAAAUCCAAAACGCCACCUAAAAGCUACAGCACAGCCAGGAGGUCACGCAGCCAGAGUCGGAGACGCAGGAAAAGUCGAAGCGGCACCCGAUCACCUAAAAUCUCCCCUAAAAGGAGAAGCUCCAGGUCUCCAUCUCCUCGAAGACACAAAAAGGAAAAGAAAAGGGACAAGGAAAGGGACAGGGACCGCAAGAGUGACAAAGAGCGCAUUCGUGAGGAACGUGAACGCUCCACCAGCAAGAAAAAGAAAAGCAAAGACAAAGAACGCGAGCGGGAGAGGAAAUCUGACGGAGAGAAAGGAGAUGUCAAGAUCACCAGAGAUUAUGAUGAAGAAGAACAAGGCUACGACAGCGAGAAAGAGCGGGAGGACAGGAAGGAUUCUGACGACUCUGCUUUGUCUCCUCAUUCUGUAGAAGGUAACGGAACAGUGAAGCAGGCCAGAGUUAACGGAGCGGACGAUCACCACGAAGAGGACAUGGACGUCAGCGAUUAAGCAGUCCGUCCCGCUUUAUCCCACACUAUCCCUCCGUUUUGGUUGUGAACAUGUUCUUAUAAUGUGAAGUGAGCGUGAAAUGUGUAGAGUUUUCUCACAGAAGAGUCGUCUAUUCUUUUUGCAAAUGUACAAUGCAGAAUUUUCAUUUUUUGCCUAGUUUGCCCAAAGACACUGUCAAAUUGCUUUAUAGGUACCCAUAUAUAUAUUUGGCUUCUACAAACGUAAGCAGUGAAAACUGGAAGUGGGCUUGCUUUGCUUUUUGAGCUUGUGUUGUCAGGUUUUGUCACCGCAUAUUUUAUCUUCAUCUUUUUCUUUAGUAUUGUUAGGUGUUGCUCAGGCCUCUUUCCCCACCUUCUCAAAACAAGUUUGUGCGUUGGAUUCUUGUUAUUUGAAAGUGUUGAUCGUUUUAUCAAGGAUUUCUUUUAUAAUAAAGCCUAUUUGGAGAACCAA